AUGGAUCAACGCGUGCCACCUGAAGCCCAGGACAUCUUGCGGUGCAUCCACUGUGAGGAGAAACCUGUGGAACGCUAUUGCACACAUUGCAAAAACAAAUUUUGUUCAAAAUGCGCAGAGGAACACGUUGAAAACAGUUCCUACUCUCAUCACCAAAUCAUUAAAUAUUCUUCGAUGAUAUAUAAGAUGAAUGGUCCUCAAAUGUGUCUGGAUCAUCCGUGCAAGGAAUACACCAUGUGCUGUAAAUUGUGUAGGAUCCCAGUAUGUCAUGAGUGUAUUGGCGAAAAACAUGCAAAGCACACUCUUUGUAGCAUGGAAAGCAUGUUCGAAGAAUGUAUGAAAAAGAUUGCUGUGGAUGACAUGAAAAUAAAGGCGUCUCUCAAACCUGAGAUUGAAGAACGUCUGUCAAAACUGAAAUCCAUUAAAAAUGAUAUCAAAAAGGGAUAUUGUCAAUUAAGGGACCAGGCUAUUGAGCAAAAAGAAGCUUUCAAAAAACUAGUGGACAAAGUUUUUGAGGAAACAAUAGAGUUGGUCGAUGCUAAUAAGAAGAGAGACAUUGAAGACAUAGAAAAAUACGAAAAGGAAAUGAAUGAACAGAGUUCAAUUUUGGAUGAAAUUUUGGGAUUCUACAGAAGUAAGAUGAUUGCUCAUCCAACAGAGCUCAUUUUCUACAUAAAAGAUCACCCUGAGGAUGCUACCUUUUCAGAUUUGUCUGAGAUCUUGGGUUUCACCCCACCAGUUUUCCAAAAAGGGUUUCUUAACAAAGAUCAUAUAACAUGGCAAUUUGGGUCCUUUUUGCCGUCCGUGAUAACACAGUCAGUGGAAGAGUCAACAGAAAAACAGGAAAACCAAUCUGCAGAACCGGAAGAAUACGUUCCAAGCCAAGAAGAGGAGCAGCAGGAGGAAAGAAAAGUUCUGCCUUUUCCAAAGUGCUUGUUUGAAUUUGAAUUCAGUGUAUCCGAUAUGUAUUUCGUAAAGUAUGUUCAUUCUCAAAAAUUCCUACUUAGUGGCAAACAAAAGGACAUAUUUGUUGUAAAUGAAGGAGGCAAGCGUAUUUGUGCAAUUCCCACGUCUACUGGGAUUGGAUAUCCAUCUGGAUUGGCACCUACAAGAGAAGGGGGCAUAUUUUAUUCGGAUAACAAGAACAAAUGUAUCCGAAAAGUCAGUCCUGAUAAUAUCGAUAAUGUCGCUUUCCGCACAAAUGGUCGACCUCUUGGCAUAUGUACCACGCGUUCCGGUGACGUCAUUGUUUGUCUGCAAGAUUGCCCUGGGGGGAAGGUUGUGAAAUAUGACGAAAGAGGGCAUCUUAAACUCGAAAUCACUCACAAAUAUUUAAUUGAACCAUUUUGUGUCUGCCUGAAUAUUAACAAUGAUAUAUGCAUUUCUGACGCCAUCUCUCAGAAAGUGAUUGUCGUAGACAGAUAUAAUAAGGAGAGAUUCGUCUACGAAGGUGGUUACUCUUGGCUGAGCACAUUCUGGAAAUUCUUUCCAUGUGAUCUUGCAACAGAUAGUCUUGGAAAUAUUUUAAUAGCAGAUCGAGAAAACGCCACUAUUCACAUCAUUGACAAGGAUGGAUAUUUUCUUCGAUAUCUACUUACAAAGAGAGAUGAACUGGUUUGGCCACAUGGAGUUUGUAUAGAUAACAAAGACAGAUUAUGGGUGGCUGAUCAAGUCAGCAGUAAAAUAAGAGUUUUUGAGUACCUCAAAUAG